AUAAUUAUGAGGCUGAAGGCACAAUUAUAUCAAAACAAUAUAGUGUCAAGAAUACUCAAGAUUCCAAAAAACAAGCUGUGCUCCUUGGUAUUGUCUCUACAAUUAUAGCAGUUCUUUUAACUAAAUAUCUGAACUUGUUGGCUAUGAAUUCUACUAGUUAUUGCAACAGUUUAAACUUUCCAGAUACAGCCUUUAUAGUUAGAUUAGAUGAGCCUUGUAUCGAGUUAUAG